AUGUCCCAAAUCACCCUCUUCGGCCUCGGCGCCAUGGGCCAAGCCCUAGCCCACCGCUACCUCGACAAAGGCUACACCACAACAAUCUGGAACCGCACGGCCUCAAAAGCUCAUUCUUCAGGCCUAAUCGCAAAGGGCGCCAGUCAAGCCAGAACUGUAACCGAGGGCCUUGAAGCCGCCGACCUGGUUAUCCUCUGCCUCCUCGACAACGCCUCCGUCAAGGAUACCCUCGCCCAGGGAAUCCAAGCGCUGCACGGCAAAACCAUCGUCAACUUGACCAACGGGACACCGUCUCAAGCGCGCGAACUCUCGGAGUGGGUUGGUUCACUUGGGGCAGAGUAUAUCCACGGCGGGAUCAUGGCGGUGCCUGAUAUGAUUGCGUCGGGGUCGCCUCAUUCAAUGCUGCUCUACAGUGGCGACGGCACGGUCUUCGAACGCGUCGAGAACCACCUCGCGCAUCUGGGUGUAUCCAAGUACCUCGGCGCAGACCCCGGCUCUGCAUCGCUGCACGACCUGGCCUUGCUAUCCGGAAUGUACGGUCUAUUCUCGGGCUUCCUGCACGCAACCGCACUGGCUAGAUCCGCGCGGUUGCAGACCGGUAUGAGCGCUGAGGACUUCGUCUCGCAGCUCCUGACACCCUGGCUGUCUGCAAUGACGCAGUAUCUGGCUGCCCUGGCGAAGCAGAUCGACAGCGGGGACUACGCGACGCAGGGGUCCAAUAUCGCGAUGCAGGUAGCGGGCAUGGAGAAUAUUGUUAGCGCGAGCGAGGACGCCGGGGUAACCGCUGCGUUUAUCCUUCCGAUAUUGGGGCUUAUGAAGCGUGCGGUUCAGGGGGGUUUUGGCGGGGCGGAUGUUUCGGCCGUUGUUGAGUUUAUGGGGGUGGAGAGAUAG